GCUACAUAAUGUAAUUCACGUCUUCAAAUGCGACACAAACUUAACAUCACACAUACAAGCUUCCUUUCGAUUGUAUUACUUGAGCUAUAAGCUUUCGAGGGUUUAGUAGUAGAUACUGAGAUCUACUAGGAUUUGUGCCCCCAGAGAAGCUUAUGCGUCGUGACUUUUCAAACAGUCAAAUUCUCAGAGGGAGUUUUCUGGUAUCACGACAGCUUAGGUCCUAUACCUGACCAGUGUUUUUUUUUUUCGAUCAACCUGCCUGCAUAUUAUAUUGCAAGAUCUACAGCCAGCGCCUCGUCCGCCCUGGCACCCAAAGCUGAAAGAUGAGUGGUGGAUGGAAUACGAUCGAGUCGGAUGCUGGCGUCUUUACAUUUCUCCUCAAUAACCUAGGCGUUCGGAAUGUCCAGUUUGAAGAACUGCUCACGCUAGAGCCGGAAGCUCUAGCCUCGCUCCACCCCGUCUACGGCGUCAUAUUCCUGUUCAAGUAUCCGACGGACACGCCAUACACGUCGACCGACAAGCCGCUCGACGGGACGUUCGACCGUGACGCGGCCGAGCGCCUGUGGUUCGCGGCGCAGACGAUCCAGAACGCGUGCGGGACCCAGGCCCUGCUCUCCGUCCUGAUGAACCGCGCGCCCGGGGAGCUGGACAUCGGCGGGCCGCUAGGCGACUUCCGCGAGUUCACCAUGGCCCUGCCGCCCGAGUUCCGCGGCGAGGCGCUCAGCAACAGCGAGCUGAUCCGCGAGGUGCACAACAGCUUCGCGCGCAGCAGCCCCUUCGUGGACGAGACGCAGCGGCGGGGCGACGAGGAGGGCGAGGACGCGUUCCACUUCGUCGCGUACACGCCGGUCGACGGCGUCCUGUACGAGCUCGACGGGCUGCAGCCCGCGCCCAUCUCGCACGGCGCCUGCACGGCGGAAAGCUUCCCCGCCCGCGUCAUGGAGGUGCUGCAGCGGCGCAUCGCGCGCUACGGGCUCGCGGAGAUCCGGUUCAACCUGAUGGCGAUGGUGGGGGACCGGCGGGUCGUGGCGCGCGAGGUCGGCGACGCGGAGAUGCUGGCGCGCGAGGAGCGCAAGAGGCGCGACUGGCAGUUCGAGAACGCGCUGCGGCGGCACAAUUUCGUGGGGUUCGCGGGCGCGGUGCUGAAGGGGGUGGUGGAGAUGAAGGUUAAGGAAGGCGGGGACGAGGCGUAUCAGAAGUGGAUCGAGGAGGCGAAGGGGAAGAUGAGGCAGAGGCUGGAGAGUCGUAGGAAAGGGGGCGGUGGUGGUAGUGGUAGCGGUGGUGGUGGGGAGGAUGUUGAGAUGGAGGGGUAGAGGAGAGAUGAGCUGGGGAAGAGGACAGACGAGACGAGGAGAGAAGAGAAGAGAUAUACUUAUGGGCUACACGGGUAGAAGUAUGUUAGGAAGCCUGGUAGACAGUUACGUUACGCUACGGCUUAUGUUUAUGUUUUUAUGAAGCUAUCGGCCGAUUUGAUAACAUGCUUCUUCGUGAGGUUUUUGUGG